AUGUUUGAAGAAUCCUACGUCGCUAAAGCGACGCAGGAUCGUCCGUGCCCGAAGGGCACUUGCGGCAAAAAACCUGGAGGCUGCCCGUGCAAUCAGCCGGGUGGAGACCCUGGAUUGCCUGUCUCCUUUCAUGUGCAGCGCGUUAUUCGCGUGGAGUCCUCAGAGUUAUGGGAGCGAUACCAGAACAAGAAGAAGGCAAUAAUGAAAUUGCGGCCAUCUGGCGUCGAAGAGUUUGAUCCUCCCACGCUCACGAGCAAGAAAGCCUCCGAGUACCCAGGCACCUUUGCGCCGGUAGAUUCCUCGGUCAACGAGGUUUAUGCCUACCACGGGACCCAGGUGCGAUAUGCAUUGGCCAUUGCCGAAAACGCAUUCAGGAUCGAUCUCGCGGGAUCCAGCACAGGGACAUUAUACGGUCGAGGGGCAUAUCUUGGCGAAUCUAUCAGCAAGGCCGAUGAGUAUGCAAAGGACGAGCCUGGAGGCUUUUACGAUGGAGUUUUCGCUGUCCUUGUUUGCCGUGUGGUGAUGGGAAAGAUGAACAAAACAAAGUCUGACACCAAAGCCGCUGAGAAAGUAACAGCUGGGGAGUUCGACAGCACCUGCGGAACUCGCGUGUUCCGCGAGCUUGUGAUCUACGACGCAGACCAGUGCUAUCCAGAAUAUGUAGUACUUUACAAGAGGAAAUAUGCCAAGGACCCUGAAGAGGACGUGGAAAAGAUGCCCAAGCGUCGUUUCUUUAUGCAAGUGCCCCUUCACUGGAGGAAUGUUGCGACAGACUUGUCCACUGGCUUUCGGGAUGAAGUUGAAUUGAAAGGCGCAGGCGCGACGUGGCUGCAGUGUUUGGUGAAUCAAGCGCAGCUGGUGCCCAUGCGGACGCUGCUGUCCGCAACACGGUUAGAGGAUUCAAAGAUGUGGGACCGCUUCGUGGCAUUCAAAGCUGCGCUCCGCAGUCGGAUGGAUGGCAAAAGCGAAGAUCAUUUACGGCUUAACUUGGUGGAGAAAGACCUGCGUGCACUGAUGAGACGUCCAUGCAAGUUCUUCAGAUCAACGCGGGGCUGCAAAGCCGGCGACAAAUGCAGGUUUUCACACAAUGCCUGGGGGGGAGACUUAGACGACUUGAGUCUUGCAGCCGGUCGACGUUUGCCAGUGGACGAGCUGGACCGACGCUUACAUGAAGGCUUCCUGUGGUACGCUUGCACAGAAGCAGAAGCUGCUGAGCUGAGCCAGGGCACCCUGAAGAAGGAGGCGACACUGCCAGGUACUCGAUUCUAUGAGAGCUUGCAAGCCGCCCUGAAGAAGACCACCGCCAAGGAUGGUGUGAAAGUGGCGAUCUUGUGUCGCGUCUUGUGUGGGCUGCCUGGUCUCGAUGUGACGGAUGAGAGCACCGACUUCGUGAUCAUAGAGACCGAUGCGGCUGGGCGCAGAGAAGUCUUGAUCAAGGAUGGCAGUGCCGUGUAUCCCGAGUACCGUCUGAACCUGCACUGCAGCGAACCGGAGGAGGAGAUCGAGAAGAAGGAGCCCGAGAAGAUCAUUGACAGCAUGGACAAAGCUCCUACAGGCCGUGACGUCGCCCCAUUUGCUGUGGAAGAUCCAGCUUUGGAUGAUCCAAAAGGGGAAGGCCUAAUGUGCUGCGCCGCCACGGAGUGA